CAGAUCUCUAGUGACAUGGAGUCCCAUAAUUAUGUAAUGCUGUGCAGAACCUUUUCUCUGUGCCGUUGCAUCUUGAAGGAGAGCAUAAUUCACAAGAUGAGGACAAGAAAGCUGCUUUAUCCAGCAGAAAAGGUCUGGGUGGACAAGCACAAGUACGACGAGGCAGAAAGGCUCCACUACGAAAGGGAAGCUACCCUUGCAGCCUCUGCUGCUGGGGCUUGCCAAGAGAUGGUGGCCGUGAACGGCUUCUACCAUGAUGAGCCUAUCGAGGAAGAGCUAAAAGAAGACCUGCAAAAGGCAGGAAAUGGGAAGAAACAAAAGAAGAGGAAGUGCACACCCAGAGCCAGGCCCUUGGAUCCAAAAGUGGAUUUUGUCUUGGCUGGGUUAUUAGCUGACUCUGUGUGGUUUGACAAGCCUCUUUUCGAUCGGGCAGAAGCUGCCUACAGAAAGAAGCUUGCUGAAGUGUUGUCGCAGACGGCUCCUGAGAUGCCCCUGGGUGCUAAGCAGUCUGCACUUGUGCCUUGGUCAGAAGUAGAGUUCCAAGGUGGUGUUAAGCCAGAGAGGAACGUGGCCAUCUUGCACUGUGCCCAUGGCAGCCUGAUUGCUUGUCACCAUGUGAUUCAGGAUGUUUGGGUCAACAAGUUCAACUUUGACGAUGCUGAGAAGGUGUUUGUUGAAAGAUCCCAGUUGGCUGUUUUGCCGCACUUUUUGGAUCUCCCAUCUGUGCUCUUGCACACUAACAAGACCAGCCCUGGACAGACGACGCCCGAUGAAGGCUAUGUGACUGCCCUGCCCACCCCCUCAACCCCAGCCACUCCAGCCCUGUCCACAGAUGUGGCUCAUACUGAUGCUUCAUUUGCUUCCCCCAGUCUGCUUGGUGCUUCAAACCAGACAGUAAAUGGCAAACCUCAGAUGUCUGGCUUACGGGCCCUGAUCUCAGAGGUGUGGCUGGAGAAGCCUAUUUAUGACGAGGCAGAGAGGUGUUUCUAUACAAACAUGUUUGAUGGGCACCCUCCAGGAAAGGUGAGGUUGCAGGAACGUGGGCGGCCGGAAUCCUCAAAAAAGGGCCGGAAAGACAAAAAGAAUCGUAGCGCAGGGAAGCUGAUGGCCGGCAGAAGGGGGAAUCAUUCUGCUGCUUCUGCUACCAGAAGCAUACCUCAAGAUGCAUCCUCUCCACCUACCUGGUAUUUCAUGCACAAAGACAGUGAGUCCUCGUGGCUUAGCAAGCCCACAUAUGAUAGUGCUGAAGCACAGUAUUAUGCAUCCGAGGCUUUGAAACUGGCAAACAAACAGGAGAGUGCAAGAACCUUCGAAGCAACAGUAGCAAAGCCAUCACAGCCUCCUGCCUGGGCUUCGAGUGCACCAGAGUCUAAAAAAAUGGCAGGCAGCUUCCUCAUGCAUGAGAAGAUCUGGUUUGAUAAGUUCAAGUACGACGAUGCUGAGAAGAGAUACUACGAACAGAUGAACGGUCCAGUUCCCGGCUCUUCGCACCAGAAGGAGAACGGAGCCAGCACGAUCCUACGCGACAUUGCCAGAGCCAGGGAGAAUAUCCAGAAGUCGCUGGCCGGACUCAAGACAGUUUUGCAAAACCCUCAUGAAGCCCCUCCUGCUCGUCGCAAGAAGCAGUCAGGUCGUGCGACUAGUGUGAGCAGCACAUCUUCAACAGGACCUGGUGGAGACCAAAUUGAGCUGGUCACUAGGAUUGCAAGCCUGGAGGUGGAGAAUCAGAACCUUCAUACUGUGGUUGCAGACCUCCAGCUCGCUAUCUCCAGACUGGAAACUCGCCUGAGUUUGCUGGAAAAAGUAUCUACCUCUCAUCAUCCUUCCCCAGCACCACCAACGCAGCAUGUCACCCCCAUGAAGAAGAUGGAGCCUCUGGCUGCCUCCUCAAGGAAAGUUGAGCUGCCGGCUGCUUCACCUGCAAAGAAAGAAACCCCUGCUGCUGAGGAGGAGGAGGAGGAUGACGACAUCGACCUCUUUGGCAGCGACGAUGAGGAGGAAGACCAGGAGGCUGCCCGAAUUCGGGAAGAGCGACUACAGCAGUAUGCAGCAAAGAAGUCCAAAAAGCCUGGCCUGAUUGCCAAGUCCUCCAUCCUCUUGGACGUAAAGCCUUGGGAUGAUGAAACGGACAUGGCCAAGAUGGAGGAGUGUGUGCGAUCCGUUCAAAUGGAUGGUCUGGUUUGGGGAGCCUCCAAACUGGUCCCUGUAGGUUAUGGCAUCAAGAAACUCCAAAUUCAGUGUGUGGUGGAGGAUGACAAGGUUGGGACGGAUAUACUAGAGGAGGAGAUCACCAAGUUUGAAGACUACGUGCAGAGUGUUGACAUAGCUGCUUUCAACAAGAUCUAACAGCAAACCUUUACACUUUCUAAAGCUAAUAAAAGGUCAGGAGUUGGACAGCAA